AUGCGGUUCGGCAAGACUCUGCGCGAGGCCGUCUACAAACCAUGGAAGGACAAGUACAUCGACUAUGGCAAGCUCAAGACCUUGCUGCACGAGGACAAGUUCAAUGACGAUACUGUGCCGUGGACCGAGGACGACGAGAACCGCUUUUGCGACGAGAUCUUCAAUGUCCAGCUUGAGAAGGUCGCACGCUUCCAGCAGGAGCGUUUCGAUGCCCUCAAGCAGCGGGUCGACGCUGCCUUUGAGAAGCUCAAGGAGCUGUCGCCGGCUGAAGGCGACAAGCCUGCCACACGUACAAAGGAAGAGACGUCCAAGUUGAAGGAGCUGGAGAAGGAGCUUGACAACAUCACCAACGAAGUCAAGGAGCUCAAGAAGUACAGCAGCAUCAAUUACACUGGAUUCUUGAAGAUCGUCAAGAAGCAUGACCGCAAGCGGGGGGACCGAUACAAGGUCCGUCCCAUGAUGCAGCUCAGUCUGUCGCAGCGACCAUUCAAUUCGGAGCAGGGCUACUCGCCAUUGCUGAACAAACUGUCCAUCAUGUACUUUGCUAUUCGACAGCAACUCGAAGGUGCCUCUGCGGAGCAGACCGUGCUGAAUUUGGAUACCCAGGGAGAGACGCAUAAUGGGGAGCGGUAUACUGCUCACAAGUUCACACACAAAGUCUGGGUCCAUCCCGAUAACUUACUCGAGGUCAAGACGUUGAUUCUUCGCCGACUCCCCGCUCUUGUGUACAGCGACCAGGCAUCCAAGGAGGUCGAUGGCAAUGACUCGCCUGCCAUUACCUCCCUCUAUUUCGACAAUAAAAAGUUUGAACUCUACUCCGACAAAGUUGACCGUCAGUCGGAGACGACGUCUUCUCUCCGAUUGCGUUGGUACGGCCAGCUGAAUACCCGGCCCGAAAUAUUCGUGGAGCAGAAGGCCGCCGAUGCUUCCGGUAACAGUGAGGAGCACAAGUUCACCAUCAAGGACAAAUACGUCAAGCCGUUUAUUGAUGGAGAAUAUGCUAUGGAGAAGGCUGUGCAAAAAAUGGAGCGCCAAGGCCAGCCCGAGGAGAAGAUUGAAAGCUACAAGGCAACUGUGGCCAAGAUACAGGACUUUGUCAAGGAGAGGCGGCUGUCUCCGGUCUUGAGAGCAAACUACGCUCGAACGGCCUUCCAGAAGCCUCUGGACGAUCGCGUCCGCAUCUCCAUUGAUACGAAUCUCGCAUUCAUCCGAGAAGAUACUCUCGACUCUGAACGUCCCUGCCGUGACCCGAAAGACUGGCACCGAGCCGAUAUCGACAACAGCAGCAUGACGUAUCCGUUCCGAAACAUCAACCAGAGCGAGGUUUCCAAGUUCCCGUUCGCCGUGCUAGAUAUCAAACUCAAGGAAGAUAGCAAUCGUAAGCGACCCGCGUGGAUCGAGGAUCUCAUGGCCUCCCAUCUUGUUCACCCGGCACCGAGGUUCUCCAAGUUUGUCCAUGGUGUUGCCUCGCUGUUCGAAGACCAUGUGAACAACCUGCCUUUUUGGCUCAGUGAUCUCGAGAUGGACAUUCGCAAGGAUCCUCAGACGGCGUUCGAACAAGAGGAGCAGAGACGAGCCCAGAGGGCCGACGACGCAAUUGCCGUGGGCAGCUUGAUUGGCACAGUACCCAGCUCGUAUAGGGCCGCGCAGAGCUCGCCCGUGGGCAAGUCGUAUUUGGCUGACAGAAUGGCUGCAGACUCCAAGGCAGCCUUGUCCACUUCCCUUCGGAGGAAGAGCGGCAUUACCAAUGGCGAAGAAGAGGGCGAAUCCAGCAACUCCCCACAGCAGCUAGAAGAACAAACACAGAGCAGUGGAGGCUACGGUACCUUGUCAUCUGUGCUGCCCGGUCUCUCGCUGUCCAAGUAUGCCAAGGCUAAACGUGCCCAAAAGGCGCGGCUUCCCGAGGGUGUUGUUGAGCCAAAGCAAUGGAUCAAAAACAUGGGCGAGCUGAAGGUCGAACCCAAAGUAUGGCUGGCGAAUGAGAGAACAUUUCUCAAGUGGCAGAAUAUUGCCAUUCUCCAGGGCAGUCUGGCCUUGGCACUUUACACAGCAGCUGGCGAAAGCUUGCUUGCAGAGACGAUGGGCAUUGUCUACGUGAUCAUUGCGGCGUUUGCAGGACUCUGGGGCUACUAUAUGCAUCAGUACCAGAAGGCGUUUUCAAAGUUGGACCGCGGUAACCAUAGCACGGGCGUGAUCUCAGAAGAGCUAAGGUGA